GAAGUCGCUGUUAGCAUUAGCUUUAGCCGUCCUGUGCAAAAAUAAACAUUUUUCCCCUCAUUUGUGCAAUAAAGAUAAAAACCCGACAUGACUCUGUCCCCGGCGGUCUCCACGCUCUGUGAGAACCCGAACCAGGUCUUUCUGGACGUCGCCAAGCUUUUAAUCACGUACGCGGACAACAUUUUGAGAUUCCCCAAUGAGGAAAAGUACCGGUCGAUCCGUAUCGGUAACCCCACCUUCUCCACCAAGCUGCUGCCCAUCAAAGGCGCCGUGGAGUGCCUCUUCGAGAUGGGAUUCCAGGAGGCGGAGACUCACCUGGUCUUCCCCAAGUCUGCGUCGGUGGAGCAGCUGAAGCUCAUCAGGGAAUCCAUCGCAGCGGAGCGAGAUCAGAGGCUGGGCGGAGGACGUCCGGCCCAGCAGCCCGCCUCGGCUCCACGGCGCCCCGUCGCUACCUCAGGCACGCCCACGCCUCAGCCUGCUCAGCAGCCCUCGUCCCUGGAGAGCAGCAUGAGCUUCUUCGUGACUCUUCAGUCCAACUUCCAACACGUGAUGCUGUACGAGAACGCCGAGCUGCAGCAGAAAGCCCGGAGCGCCAUGCCCCACCAGGAGAUGUCCUCGGCCGCCCAGAGCAAGCUGGAGGAGGCCAGACGGGCCGAUCCAGGCUGUAGAGUUGGACUGGAGGACUUCCUGGUCGUGGAGCUGCUGCGCUGGUUCAAGCAGGACUUCUUCUCCUGGGUGGACUCGCUCCCCUGCGGCCGCUGCGGAGGCCCCACCCAGAACUCCGGGUCGCUCGGUCCCACCCCCGAAGACCUCCGCUGGGGGGCCCAGCGGGUGGAGAACCACUUCUGCUCCGGCUGCCAGCUCUCCACCCGGUUCCCCAGGUACAACAACCCCGAGAAGCUGCUGCAGACCAGGAGGGGGCGCUGUGGGGAGUGGGCCAACUGCUUCACCCUGUGCUGCAGAGCCGUGGGCCUGGAGGCCCGCUACGUCUGGGACAGCACGGACCACGUGUGGACGGAGGUCUUCUCGCCGUCCCAGCGCCGCUGGCUGCACUGCGACUCGUGUGAGAACGCCUGCGACAAGCCGCUGCUCUACGAGCUGGGCUGGGGGAAGAAGCUGGCCUACAUCCUGGCCUUCUCCAAAGACCAGGUGGUGGACGUGACCUGGAGAUACUCCUGCAGACACCCGGAGGUGCUGUCCAGAAGAACCAGGGUCCAGGAGGCGUGGCUGCUGGACACCAUCAACAGGCUGAACGGCGUGAGGCAGCAGAGCCUGAGUCCCGGCAGGAGGGCGGAGCUGACGGAGCGGCUGCUGGUGGAGCUGGUGGAGUUCAUCUCCCCCAAGAAGCCGCCGGCGGGGCAGCUGGGGGGGCGCAACUCCGGAUCUCUGGCCUGGAGGAUCGCCCGGGGGGAGGCGGGGGCGGCCGGGACGGAAGCCUCCGCUCAGGCGGUGGGCUUCGUCUUCUCCCCCACGGAGCAGGAGAAGCAGCAGCGGCUGCUCCACGUGCGCUACGGCGCGGCGGCCGACCAGUACUGCCGGGUGUCCAGCGGCUCGGAGCUGACGCCGGGCUGGGACCGCUGUGCGUGGAGCAAGCAGGCGGUGUUCCGCAAGCUGGAGGCCGACUGGCGGAUGGUCUACCUCGCCCGGACGGAAGGCUCCGCCGUGGGGAGGCUCGGCUGGAGGUUCGACCUGGCUCCGGCCGGAAUGACCAUCAAGUCCGUCUCUGUGGCGGCGUCCAGCCAGACCUUCCACUCGGGGACGGUGUGCUGGACGCUGCAGUCCGACCGGCUGACCACCGAAUUCUCAGGAGACGGCAGCAGCCAGUCCUUCCCCGGCCUGAGCGGAGCCUCGGAGCUGACGGUGUGGGCGGAGCUUGGCGGGGGGGACGGCGAGGCGUCCUGGCAGCACUCCCAGCUGUUCAGACAGAGCCUGGAGGAGACGGACCUGUCCUCGUUGGAGAUCAUCAUCCACCUGCAGGACGCCUAGCGGCGGCGGGUCGUCUCUCGUCGACACAUCAGUGCAAUAUGGAAGCAUCUGUUCCCUCCAGGACGAUCAAACGUGCCUCGACCGGGCCGCCAGCGAAGCCAGACGUUACGUUUUCUGCCUGUCGUCGCAUCUUAAUCUUUUAUUUUGAAGGGCCACCUGUGUUUUGUUGACAGUGGUACGACAUGUAACGCAUGAGGCUCUUCAGCCACCCGGGUGUGGUUUGUAAUAUGAACCAGCGGACGUUCAAAACUGGAUUCCUUUUCUUAUGAAUUCACUUCAUUAGAUUCCACAACGUUAUUCGCUGCUAUAAAUUCUGCUUUUACAAAGAUGACACUACUCUGUUUUCCUUGUCAUUGUUGAUUCAACAUCUAAGCGUCGCUAGAUGUGAGAGAGAGGACGAAUAAAAUCACAGACCGUAAACCUCAGUUUGCGUCCAAGAAAGAAAACAAAACCCAGCAGACGUUGGAGCUGCUUCAGCUGGGAUUUGUUUAGACGGUUUCUGGAUUAAGAGUUUCUGGAUAUCAGGCAUUAUUUUGAUCACUUUUCACUGUGAACUGCUGCUGCUGUAAAAGUCCCGAAUCGUUUAAAGUCCAUACCCUGUCCUGAAGGGGCAGUUUAAAGACUACCUUGUAACUGCAGUGCAGUGUCUCAGCUGUACCUCUACGCUUUCUUUCUGUGCUCAUCAGUAUUAACGUCAGACUCGUUUAGUUCAGUUUCACCUUCAUCACUAAAAUUUUAGCAUCAUUCCUCAUAAGAACUUUUCUUCCAGCCUUUCUCCUCUUUUCUCCUGUUCAGGGCUGAUUUUCAGCCGAGCGUGAACGCCACAGCCACACUGCAGACCCACGGAAACGUUGUUGGAUGUAACGGAGACAUUCCACACUGUGUGGGUGUGUGUGUGUGUUUUAUUUGUAGUUUCCCUGAGCCUGGUGUGUAAAUAACAUGUUUUUUGUUAGGGAGAGGGCUGAUCGUCCGAGUGUGUGUAAUCAAUGCAUUCUGUCUGUUUUCACUGUAUUUCUGGGAGAAUCCAGGGCAGUUUGAAAUAAAUGCAUUGUGUUGCAGUUUUGUGUGUUUUUGUGCUUUUCUUUGUGACUGUAUAUUUCUGAAGAAUACAAAGCAGUGUGUAAUAAAUGUUUUAUAUGUGCUUCAAUGAAUGUUUGUGGGGGUUUUUUUGUGUGUUUUGGGAUUAUCCUGGAGAAUACAGCAGUGUGAAAUAAAUCUAUUUUCUUGUAGUUGAAUGUAUUUUUUUUUUGUUGUCUGUGCUUCUAGCAGAAUGCUGAGUGGUGUGAAAUCCAUUUAUUUUGUUGCAG